ACCGUGUAAGAUUGGGAAUUCCUACUACGAGGAGGUAAGACCGAUUAUGACGCCUUUAUGACUACACGGCUAUAUGGUUUUGUCUACACAGAAGACGUCGAACCAAGGCCUUCUCCUUCGCAGGAUCUCUCCUCUCAAAACUCAUAUCUAACAUCUCCCUUUAAAAUGUUUACAAUCAACCCCCGACCACUUCGGGGCUGCAUUCGCUCGCUCCAGCUCUCUCAAUAUGGCUCACAUAUACGCGUCUUGUCACCGAGAUUCUCCUCGCAAUUAAGUAAACCAGCGGACGCCGGCAGCCGUCUAGCACAACAACGCCUCAAGCGCCCUGUGUCUCCCUACUUCUCUAUCUACCGCCCUCAGAUAACAUGGGUUGUCAGUAUCACCACCCGAAUCACCGGGAUUGCGCUCUCGGGGGGCAUGUACCUCUUCGCGACAGCCUACCUCUUAUCGCCAGUAACGGGGUGGGACAUCGGUUCCGAGUCCCUGGCGACGAGCUUUAGCAGUCUCUCUCAAGUGGCUGCAUUCGCGCUGAAAUUUGGCGUUGCGCUUCCGUUUACGUUCCAUUGCUUCAAUGGAGUUUGUCACCUUGUGUGGGAUACAGGUCGGGGGCUGAGGAACAAGCAAGUCAAUCGAAGUGGGUGGGCGGUGGUUGGGACUUCAAGCGUCGCUGCUGCUCUUUUGGCUUCGUGGAAGCCGAGCGAUGAUGCGUAG